AUGCCGGGCAUCCGUUUGAAAACCUUCAACACCAUUGUCGGCAAGCUGGCCGGCGCCCUUAAGGGAAAGACCUACGCCAUGGUGGGCUGCUCGGCCCUCGCCAUGCUAGAGAUCCGGAACUCGGUUACUUCUGUGGACGUGUUUGUGCCUUCUGGCACGACCUCGAGGAGAAUCGACGCUCUGUGCCGGAGUACCAGCCGCUUCAAGUGCAACCAGUCAGCAAGCAAGGUCUGGUACGUGAAAGAUUCGGGCGACAAGGAGGCUGUCCGCUUUUGGGAGCCCAAGGACGUUUGCCAGCCGUUUCCCGACUCUAAGAACGAUAUUGUUAUGGUCGACAAAAUACCUGUUUUGAAGCCGACAAUGCUUCUGAACAUAUACUGUGCCAACUUCCUAGUUACGAGGGAUGCAGAGGCAGCGGAACAGUCCGCUGCAGACAUCGAGGCCCUCCUGAAGCACAUCGCUAAACAGACCAAGAAAGAAGUAUCGAACGCUACGCCGGCGUUUCUUACCAAACUUGGUGGCUUCGACCCUCAAAUCCAGGUACGGUUUUCUGAUCUUGGGUUCAAGCUUCCGCGGUAG